ACUCUAUUAAAAUUAAUGGUAAACGCACUUUUGGCAGUUUCUCAUGAUGUCCACGACAAGUUUGUACGUUUGCUCGUAGUCCAUGCAGCUCAUGUUGCCAUAAUUAUGAGGACAAAAUUGAUAUUUUCGUCGACUGCUGAAUAUCAAUUCGGCUGGCUUGAGAGCGAGAAAUUAUUUCGCUUCUGUAACCGGAACUGGAAGUCUGAACUCUGGAGUUAUGCUCGCAGUGUCGCACACACAGCGUAGAUCGUGUGUCGCAUGGUUUAUUGGACAUUGUGCAGCAUGAAAUGAUCGAGCAAACUUAUUUUUGAAGUGCUCAUCAUACCGUAACUGCAUAGCUUUGGCAAUAAGUAGCAAUUAUGGCUUUGAAAACUCCGGGAAAUGUAGUUUCUAACUCGUGCUUGUUAUCUAUAUCAAAGGAUUUCGAAAGCCUGACAAGCAGGCCUUCGGAGUUCUUAGCACCAAAGCCCGAGGUAUCGGGAGAUUUCCGCAAAGUUGCUAAGCUCAUUUUUGAUUUUAUUCAUACCAGUGAUGGCGCACAGCUGCCUCACUCCACCGAUCUGCCAGAGCUACUGGUUGAUAAGUGUUUUGAUGACGAACAAGUGUGGACCCAACUGGAAGCGGAUAAUCGCCUGAAUAUCGACUCGGCAGUGAAAAACGCGGCCACAUUACUCGUCCAGUCAGAUAGUGAGUUCUUCGGAAUUGCCUCUUUGGCGCCGUCAGACGUUACUGACGAUGAAAGUGAACCAGAGGAAACCCUCCGGGAAGAGGAAGAUGAAGAACACGGUGACGUCGAGGCAAACUCAGAUGACGAUGAAAUCAGUUUACCGCUUGAAGAUCGGCGGGAAUUGGGGAGUGAAGAUGAUGAGGAUGAAGAAGAGUUGGAUGAGCGGGAAGAGACCGCGAAACCGUCGCGAGUCUUUCCCAAAAGUGUAGUUGAUGACAAGUUUUUCAGGCUGGAAGAAAUGAACGAUUUUUUGUUAGAAAACGAACGACAGGUUGCUAAGCCCGAUGAGGAAAUUGAUUAUUUUGUGGAAGAGGACAGCGAAAGCGAAAGGGAAGAUGUUAAAUAUGACGAUUUUUUCGACCCGCCGCCCGAUGUUUUGCAGAAGGAACAACGGGAAGAAAAAGAUAAAGUUAAAUCCACUUUUGAGAAACGCCAGGAAAAACUCAAAACCAAAAUUCAGGCCAUGGAAGAAGAAGCUGUUUCGGAACGGCCAUGGCAGCUGAGUGGCGAAGUGGCCGCUAGUAAACGGCCGGAGAAUUCUCUGCUGGAAGAAUUUCUGCAGUUUGAUCAUGUUACGCGACGAGCUCCGGUGAUUACGGAGGAAGUCACGCAGACGCUGGAGAGUUUGAUUCUGCAGAGAGUGAAAGAUAAAGCGUUCGACGAUGUGCAGCGUAAGACCAAACCCAAAGAUGUGGAUCCGUAUGAAUAUAAAAAGAAGCUCAUUCUGGACGAUUCCAAACCUAAAAUGAGCUUAAGUCAGACGUACGAACAGGAAUAUCUGAAGAAAACUGCCAAAACUGAGCAAACCGAAAAGGAAGAACACCGCAAAAUCCGCAGUGCUAUCAAUGAGCUGUUCGUCAAAUUGGACGCGCUAAGUAAUUUCCAUUUCGUCCCGAAACCGGUGGCACCAGAUAUCAAGAUUAUCAACAAUUUGCCUACAAUUGUCGUCGAAGAAGUACAACCAUCCGUUGUUUCCACCGGUCAGCUCUUAGCACCUGAAGAGGUGCAAGCCAAACGGAAAGAGGAACUCAAAGGUGCUACCGAAGCUACGCGCACAGAUAAGAAACGAGCACGGCGGAAAAAGAAAGGCAUGCAGAAAAUGAAAGCCCAUCACCAGAAGGAGAAGAUCAAGGACAAGGACGCGGAGAACAAAAAGCGUGACAAAUUAACGGGAAAAGCGGGCGGAUCUUCUACGGCGUUUUUUAAUAAAUUGCAAGAUACUAUAAAGACGGAGAUGCACGCGAAAAAUGGUGAAAAGAGUAAGAAGAGGAAAAACGAUUUAAAAAAGAUACCCGGCGGGAAAAAGAUUAAAUUAUGAAGGUUGCAAGCUGUGUAUGCCCUCUUUUAUGAAUUAUGGAUGUUUAGUAUCGUUUUCUGAAUGGUUGUUUUAACAGCACUGACUGUUGGAAAACGCGUUUCAAACUUUCCAGCAGUACAGUGCCAUGUGUUUCGAAUACAAUACCACCUUACAUCUUGCGGUUGCUUAAAGAAACAUAGGUAAUAACAGAACUGAGUUUGUGAUUAAUACUGAAUAUUAAUUAUACUGUGGCAAAACGGACAAGGUUUUCUGAAA